AUGGGAAAUUUGGAAUCAGCGAUUAAUCCCGCGCAGUUAAAAAAAACAGUUUUAGUGAGACAAUCUUCGAAUUCAUCUCCAAAACAUUCAGAUAAAUUAGUACGUAUUUUACGAAGGCAAUCAUCGCUAGCAAGCUAUUUUUGCAGUAAAAAUGAUUCUUCAUUGCCUAUGCAAUCGCCAGGACGUUUGAAGCAUGCACUAGCGAUGAGGAGCCAUUCAGAGCAAAGAUUAGCAUUGCAACCAAAUAUUCAAAUUUCGGGUGAUUUAAAUUCAUCACAAAACAACGCAAUUCGAAAACUAUGGAAACAGGAGAUGAAAAAAUGCAACGAUAAUGAAUUUGAACUUGCUAGUCGAUUACUUCUGUGUAUUUUUGCUUUGGAUGAACGCCUUCAGAUACCUUUUUAUUUAUCCAGUAUUGCCCAUGCUGAGUUGAGAAAAAAUGAACAAUUUAAAGCUCACGUAAAGGUAACAGUACCAACCCUAACGUUUAUAAUGUCACAUUUGCAUGAUCCAACGGCAAUGAGUAAAUCUCUGCAAGCAUUAGGUGCGCGACACGUAAUUCACACAAAGGUUCAGUACAGAAGUAAUUACUGGAAAGUAAAUAUUUCUUUUCAUCUAAUUAUCACUCAGAAUAUUUUUUUAUAUAUUACAAUUACAAAGCAUAUCAGCAAUUUUUGUGACAUCAUAGAAAAAUUUUUACAGGUAGUAAAUCAAGCAUUUAUGCAGUUUGUCAAUGCUGAUCAAUCCUCAACUGAAGUAUUUCACGCAUGGAAUGUGCUUGGAAACUUCUGCAUUGAACAGAUGAGAAUCGGUUACAGAAUCGAAUUUAAAGCUCAAAAAGUGAUAAGAUGUUUGAAAAAGCAAGGUUCGCACUGUUAA